AGGUAAAGAUUACGCCAGGCAGUUCCUAACAUAAAGCUUCCACUGCAGGAAUGAGGUUUUAUCACACCUGCAAGCUCCCAGGAAGAAUUAUGGGGAUCCGACUACUUCACUUCUCUUCAGUAGUGAUCCUUUUGUUAUUGCUUGUGGCGGGUGCAUUAACUGCUUUGUUACCCAACAUUAAGGAAGAUAAAAUGCUCAACCUGCGUAGGGAAAGAAAGUCCCAAGGCCAGACUGCCUCGGAUUCAUUCACUCUUAUUAUGCAAACAUUCAACAGGACUGAUUUGCUCUUGAAGCUUUUAAAUCAUUAUCAAGCCAUUCCCCAUUUGCACAAAGUGAUCGUUGUGUGGAAUAAUGUUGGGGAAAAAGCCCCAGAGGAGUCUUGGAAUUCCCUGGGACCUCACCCUGUCCCUGUUAUCUUCAAAGUGCAAACUGCAAAUCGCAUGAAGAACAGACUCCAGGUUUUCCCUGAGUUGGAUACCAAAGCUGUUUUGAUGAUGGAUGAUGACACCCUAGUUAGCGCUUAUGACCUCAUUUUCGCUUUCUCCAUUUGGCAGCAAUUUCCAGAUCAGAUCGUGGGAUUUGUUCCUAGAAAGCACAUUCCCAGCUCUUCAGGAAUAUACAGCUACGGGAGCUUUGAGCUACAGAGCCCUGCCGUCGGCAGUGGGGACCAAUACUCCAUGGUUCUAAUAGGAGCAGCAUUCUUCAGCAGCGAAUACCUAGAACUCUUUCAAAAACAGCCUGAAGCUGUGCAUGCCAUGAUAGACGAGACUCAAAAUUGUGAUGACAUUGCCAUGAAUUUCUUAGUGGCCAAACAUACCGGAAAGCCUUCGGGCAUGUUUGUGAAGCCAGUAGACAUCAGGAAUUUGGAAAAAGAAAGUAACAGUGGCUACCCUGGAAUGUGGCAUCGGGCAGAACACUUGCUCCAGAGGUCUUACUGCCUAAAUAAAUUGGUUAGUAUCUAUGGCAACAUGCCCUUAAAAUACUCUAACAUUAUGAUUUCUCAGUUUGGUUUUCCUAACUAUGCUAAUCACAAGAAUAAAAUGUAAGGAUGCCCUGGAAACAAA